CUAACAUUCGAAUUUUGUAUAACGCGAACAGUACUGGAUGAUCCAAGACAAUCGGAUCAAAUUGCAAUUUAGAGAUGCAUCUGCAUCGUAGUGAAGCACAUUGGAUCGCGCUAAUUCUCAUAAUUACGUGUGGGAUCUCGUGGGCAAGCACGCAAUGCAAGACGAUCGUGAUGGAUGUACAUAUGAAAAAAUGCAGGCUCGGUGUUAGAGCCAAGCGGGGCUUGGAGAAAUUCGAUCUCCGGAAGUACGACGAGAAAUACGAAUGGAAGAGACAAGAACAAGCCGACUACCCCAGAGUGAAUGACUCAGCAUCUCAUGGCGUUCCGCAGAAAAGGCAGCUGUCAUCCGGACUAGUCGCCGGCGAUAUCACCCUGCCAAUUGUACUGGCGGCUAUAAAUGACGCUGCCAAAGCCAGGGCGCACAUCGUAUCCGGGACAGGAUAUUACGAUCCCGGUCCAAGACCUAUUUUCGAUCGGUCAGGAUAUUAUUCCUUGGUGCCUUAUCCGCUCGGCAAGAGGAGUGUUACACCCUUCCGCGUUCCGGCCUUUAACGACGAUCUCGAUCUCAAUGACGAAGAAUUGGACGAACUGUAUAAAGAUAUGUACGAAAGAUCACCAAGAGCUUCAAAAGAAGAGACUCGGAAAGUUUUCUUGGAAACAGCAUCAAAAUGCUGCCAAAAUGUCGACAAGUGCCUUAAAGAAACAACGCACAUACCUUGUUUAGCAAGUCAAAUGUCUUAGGAUUAAGAAUUGAUGAACUUUCGAAAUCAGCGUUUCCUUAAAACAAUAUAUAAAUAAAAUUGUAUAAAACUCAAUAUAUUAUUUUAUAUUUGUUACAAUUACUAAAUUAGUUUUUUUUUUUUAUUUCAAA